AUGGCACUUCCAGUCAACCUUCAACAUCUGAGUUUAGGUGAAGUGUUCAGUGGCAAAGUAGUUGGACUUCCGAAAUCAUUAAAGUCGAUUAGUAUCUGCGGAACCUCAAUGUUAACACCAACUUCCUUCCCCAAAUCGAUUGAAUCAAUCAAUUUCAGAGAUUACUAUAAAUUGAUCGCACCUAAUCAAUGGCCACCUUCAUUGAAAUCAUUGACAAUCGAAAAAGAAUUCUUGAGACCUAAUUAUUUAUCAACAUUGCCUCUCUCAGUAACAUCGAUUACCCUUAUUGAUUCUGGCAAACAGCUCAGAAGACUCACCGAAAAAUCAUUUUUAAUAUUCCUUGAAAAUUUUAUAAAAACAUCGACAAAUUCUUUUUUGUUAUAUUUAAAAAAAUCAGAAUAA